GCUGGAAUUUUCCUCACAUGUCGAGCAAACCAACCAAAUAUUUACUUAACUUUACAUUUCGCAUAGUAACUAAACCCGUUUUAUACACAUUUUUACACACAUACGCCCAACUAACUUACAUAACACGGUUACCUACAUUCGGCCAAGUUGUAUCAAAGGUUUCGCGAAAAAGCUGCAAAUAUAAGAAAAUAAAUUAAUCAGGCAAAAUUGCAUCGUAAAAUUGCAAAAAAUGUGGAUUUUGCUAAUCCUAAUUGCAAUUUUGUGCGUCUUAAUCGCCACAAUCAUUAAAAGUGGUCGAGAAAAUUAUGGAAUAAUUGAGUCUGGAAAUAUUCCGGUCGUACCUCCCUCUCUAUUUUUAGGUAGUGAAACUAAACUGCAUAAGGAAGUCCAACACUUGGAAGAUGUCAAACGGUUCAAGAAAUAUGGAGGAAUUUGGGGUACUUAUCUCGGGAAAUCUCCACAAGUUCAUAUCGCAGAUCCGGACCUGAUUCGGCUCAUUUUCGUUAAAGAUUUCCAAUAUUUUAGUAACCGGCAAGAUAUCGAUUUCGGGACUCCGGUUAUGAACGAAAUUCUGGAUUAUUUACCAGGCGAGAAAUGGAAAACUGUUCGAAGCUUGUUAAGCCCACUCUUUACCACAUCAAAAUUGAAAAAUAUGAGCGACGUUAUUGCUUCCAGUGCGCAAGAAUUUAUUCAAGAUUUGAAAUCUGAAGCGGAGAAAAAUAACGGGCGUGUUAAAAUUGAUUGCAGAAAUCGUCUCACCGCCUGGUUAAUUGACAUGUUUUCCCAAACCGUCCUUGGAGUUCGUAUGGAAAAUUCGAAAAAUCCGAACAACGAGUUUGUCGAAGCAUUUAGAGAAAUGAUGGGAGAAAAUACGCAAUUCAAUCUACUUUAUACCCUUUCACUAACGUUCCCCUUCUUCACCCGCUUCGCCCCCAUGUUCAACCACGAACCGACCAAACUCAUCGAAUCCGCGUUCAAACAAGUCAUGGAAAACCGGAAGAAAAGUGGGAGCACAAAUUCCAAAGAUUUCGUCGACCUGCUAAAUUCCCUCAUGGAGAAAGUUGACACCCCCGAAUUCCAAAACCUGUCCAUCACCGAGGGCACAAUUCUCUCCCAAGCCGUAAACUUCUUCCUCGGCGGGUACGAAACGUCCGGAACGACGUUAAGCCACCUCCUCCUGGAACUCGCGACCCACCCCGAAGUCCAGGACAACCUUAAGUCCGAACUGGACAAAAUGCUGGACCGUUUCGACGGGAAAAUUUGCCACGAGUCCAUCUCCGACACCGAAAUGCCGUACGCACUCUGCGUCCUUAAGGAGUCAUUGCGUCUCGCUCCGCCCCUGUUGCGACCCGAGCGAAUCUGCACGCAGGAUUGGCGCCAUCCCGAAAGUGGUGUUAGUAUCAAAAAGGGCACCAUUGUCAUGAUUGCGGCCUGGGCGGCUAACCGAAACCCGAAAUACUGGCCAAAUCCCGACAAAUUUUGGCCGGAGAGGUGGGAAAGCGCGGAAAAUUUGAAUCCCUACGCGUUCACGACGUUUGGACAUGGGCCGAGAAAUUGUAUCGGUACACGAUUCGCGUAUGAGAGCUUGAAGCUGUUUUUGUGCAAUUUGGUGAAAGAGUUUCGCGUGGAGGUGAGGCCCGAUACGCAGUUGAAUUAUAAGAUGGGGUCCACCCUUUUAGUGGCGUUUGAUCCGCUCUAUGUCGAUUUGGUGCUGAGAAAUUAGUUGGAGUUAAGAUGGAAUAACGGAGUCAUAGAUUUUCAAAAUCUUAAUCAACCCCUGUUCAAUGGUUUUAAGUGAAAAUUUCUAAAAUGGUAUCUAAAUAUUUCAUGAGUUUAAAUAUAAAUGUAUGUAACCUUUAUUCGUUUAAUGUCUAUUUUUGAUAGUGAAAAACUAUCGAUUUGAAACAAAUUAGUAAUUCAUAUCCCCAAUUUUUACAUAAUAAAUUUCCUCAAUUUUUUCAAUUAAUUCGUGUAUUUUUUCAAAUCAGUUUUGUAUAUAAUACGAAUAAUUAACUUUACAUUAGACUAGGCGCCGUCCAUAAAUUACGUAACGCUGGCUAGCAUGGGCAAGAUAGGGUUUUUUCCCUAUCCUGCUCAUGUCAGCCAGCGUUACGUAAUUUAUGGACGGCGCCCUAUGGAAAGUUUCAGUUAUUCCAAAACUCAGAAUUUACCCCAUAUGUGUAAGAAGUUUGUAUUUAAAGAUAUUGAAUAGAGGUUAAUGUUCAACUCCAAUUUGUAAGUGGGAUAAGGUACACAUAAUGAUAAGCACAAAAUAGAAUUUUCCUUAGCUGGAGCAGAAAUAUCGCCCAUUUGUGGCCAGAAAAGAUGUCAAAAUCCUGUAAUGUUUACCUGUUUGGGUUUACGACAACCAAAAUUGGUAUACUAAAAUUAAUUGUGGUGAAUUAUUUUUAAUAAAUAUAUAUGUCAAUACGAAAUAAAUAUUUGCAUACUAUGUA